AUGCCCACCAGUCCGACGAUCUCUUACUCUACUACCGAUGAUGAGGACGUUCUCCAUAUUGCGCCGCACACGCCCUCUCCUCUCCGACCCGAGCUCUCAUCGCUCUCAUCUGGCUCCGAGUCGUACUUUUCCAACCGCAUGAAUACCCUUCAACCUCGCCGCUCUAUCCAGCGUGCCAAAUCCCCACUGGCUUUGACCGGACUGGCUACAACACCAAUCCCGCCUCCUGAUCCAGACUGGGACUAUGCGGAAACUGAGUGGUGGGGCUGGGUUGUUCUGGUGGUGACCUGGUUCGUCUUCGUCACCGGCAUGGGCUCCUGCCUCGGGGUAUGGAGCUGGGCGUGGGAUGUCGGUACUACACCUUAUGCGCCUCCGGAGCUCGAGGAUGAUCCAACACUACCCAUUGUCGGCUACUAUCCAGCCCUCAUCAUACUAACCUGUGUAAUGGCAUGGGUCUGGGUUGUCAUUGCCUGGGUUGGUAUGAAAUAUUUCAGGCACGCCAAGAUCAGCGGUGACUAA